ACUCUAAGCUAACUCGACCCUGCACGAGCCAAACCAAAGAGGACCCGGAGUGUGUGUGUGUUAGUGUGUUUGUAGCCGCGCGUUCAUGUGUCUUGUGUGUGUGUGUGUUCAGUUCCUGUCACCGUCCGUCAGCUGCACCGCCCCCCCUCCUCGACCCCAGGUAAACACCGGGCUCAUGAAGACCCCCCCGCCCCCCUCCCUCCACACACUCAUGGAGGCCCGCUGAAUAACACGCAGCAGCCGCGUGGAGCCCUAGGCACCAUGGAUCUCUCAGCGCCUGCUCCGGUGGUAGCCCUCCUCCGCUGACCUCGCCUCCUCCUCCGCCUCUUUCAUCUACCCCCUCGUCCUCCUCAACCCAACCCUUAACACCCCCACGUCUGUGACCCAGGGUUAUCACUCCGCCUCUCCUACACCAUCAUGGCCGGAGAGAAAGGGCCGACAAAGCGCAGCGCCAUGGACAUCAAGCGCCUGGCGAGCCUCAUCCAGAGGGGAACGGGCCGCCUGCUGGUGAUCGACAGCCGAACCUUCUCUGAGUACAACGCGUCACACGUGCAAGGGGCCGUCAACGUCUGCUGCUCCAAGCUGGUGAAGAGGCGACUGCAGCAGGACAAGGUGUCUGUCACCGAGCUGCUGCAACUCAACGGCAAGGUGAAGGUGGAGCUGGGCAGGAAGCAGGAAGUGGUGGUUUAUGACCAGAGUUCCAAAGAGGCGGGGCAUCUGUCCAAAGACGGCUUCGUGCACAUUCUCAUGGGGAAGCUGGAGGCCACCUUCCACAAAGUCUCCCUGCUCACUGGAGGUUUUGCUGCCUUCUCCUCCUGUUUCCCCGGCCUGUGUGAAGUGAAGCCUGCCACUGCUCUGCCUAUGAGCUUGUCCCAGCCCUGCUUGACUGUGGCUAACGUAGGGCUCACUCGAAUCCUGCCACACCUCUACCUGGGCUCACAGAAGGACGUCCUCAACAAGGAUCUGAUGGCUCAGAAUGGUAUCACCUAUGUGCUGAAUGCCAGCAACACCUGCCCCAAGCCGGACUUCAUCAGUGAGAGCCACUUCAUGCGAAUCCCGGUCAACGACAACUACUGUGAGAAACUGCUUCCCUGGCUGGACAAAACCAAUGAAUUCAUAGACAAAGCUAAGGUGUCAAACUGCAGAGUCAUUGUGCACUGCCUGGCUGGAAUCUCGCGUUCAGCAACCAUCGCCAUUGCAUACAUCAUGAAGACAAUGGGCUUGUCGUCAGACGACGCCUACAGGUUUGUAAAGGACCGGAGGCCGUCAAUAUCCCCCAACUUCAACUUCCUUGGUCAGCUGCUGGAGUUUGAAAAGGGCCUGCAGCUACUCCAAGCUUUAACUUCCACCACUGACGACCAAAUCUCAGAGGUUAAUGGAGUUGAUACAGGUUUUGAAAUGAACGGUCACCACAGCAAAUAUGAUUCAUCGGUGGCAGAGCCACACAUCCCAGCCGAGCCCAAGCUACCGUCACCCACCUCCCUCCAGCAAGGCUUCAACGGCCUGCACCUCUCUGCAGAGAGGAUCAUGGACACUAACCGGCUCAAACGCUCCUUCUCCCUGGACAUUAAAUCUGUCUACUCCCCCAACAGUCCCCGCUGCCCUAGCCUGGCCCCCACACACUCUGAAGACGUCCCUAAGCUGUGUAAGCUUGACAGCCCAGGAACAGGCACUUCCAAUGGUGUCUGCUCCCAGUCGCCCGUCCUAGACAGCCCCAGCUCCUCUGAUUCACCAUUCCCCUCACCAGGCAGCGGGGGCAGCAUCGGAGGUUUGGGGUUCGGAGGAAGUGAAGUCCAUCGGUCGAGUUCUUCCUCAUCCAGACCCAGAAGGAAAGCUAAGCACAGCUCCAGCACUUCACCAGUCCACUCCCAACCACACCAACCUCCUCAGUCCCUCAGCUUGUCGCUGGACCACAAGAACCCCACCCUGGACGAGAACCUAAAAGGCUCCCUGCUCCUCACACUACCAUCCGUGCCCACUGCAGGGUCUGGGGUCAUGUGGACCAAACACAGAGACACUGUCCAGGCCACCACUCCUGUCACGCCUGUCACCCCCCCCACAGAUGCUCCCUGGCAUUUUGGGGCAGAGGUGGGCGGUGUGGGAGCGAUGGAGCUGGGAGGUGGCGGAGAUGGAGGAGGAGAGGAAUCGUCUGUGAGAUUUGGGAGAAGCUCGGCGUAUGUGGCGUUUGGGUGUAGCGAAGGUGUGCGGUUACGAGACAAAUCCCAGAGGGAGAAGCCCUCACCGCCACAGAUACAGAGAGACCACCGGGAGUCCACCUCGUCGUCCAUGGUGUCCAUGUCCAACAGCUCAAACAUCAGCGGAGCUGCGUCAGAGAAGCAGUUCAAGCGACGCAGCUGUCAGAUGGAGUUCGAGGAGGGCAUCUCUGAGACACGGUCCAGAGAAGAGCUGGGGAAGAUUGGGAAGCAGUCAAGCUUCUCUGGAAGCAUGGAGAUCAUUGAGGUAUCCUGACAGAUAAUGGACAUGAGCAGAGCUGUCCCCUGGGGACAAAAAUGGACCUGUUAGAUGGAGUUCAAGAAGAGGACAAAUGAGGAAGAGCAGAAGAGAGUUUUGUGUGCUCCCCUCUCAGACAGUGUUAAAGACUCCAACUAAGAGAAGGACCAGUAGCUACACAAGCAGAGAGUUAAUGUGAAAAGGUUAGCAAGCUAACUAGCAUUUGCACCUGGACAGACAGAGCCUAAGAUGUGGUGCUUAGCUGACCAUAACCAUCCUGAACUCUCGUACAGAUCUGAAGAAAGCUCGGGUACAAGGGGGGGGCUGACUAUACUGUAGGUACUGAAAAUCUUAACGUUUCUGAGCUCUGUCCCAGACUCUGGGGAAUGUGACAUUUGCAUCCUUAUUAUAUAGAAAACCCCUGUUUUGACAGAGUUCACACACAAACUGCUUGCCUGUGGUCAAAUGUUGUGUGCUUCAGUGGGUGUAUAGCUUGUGAUUUGAAACCAAGCCCCGUGUUUCCUCCCAAAAGCUUCACCCCAAUGUCGUAACGCCUCGAAACCUUCGCACGGACAGCAUCCACCCCCCCCCCCCCCCUUCCCCAGUGGCUCUGCCCGCUGCAGCCUCUGCAUUACGACGAUAACAGACUCCUGAACGGCACCGUCUCAUCACAUCGCUCACAGCACAAUGCAGAGAGAGAUCCCAGGGACUUGAUGGAACGGCGGUACUGCAUCCAAACAAUGAAGGAUCCUCAACUUUUUUUAUUGAAGAAAAGACUUUUAAGCAGUGACAGGCGGUGUCAUGUCUCCCCCCCCCCCCACCCACCCUACAAAGCACAGUGUGUCUUUCCUGACUUUGGCUCCCUUGUUUCCAGUGUUAACGGUGUGUUGGGACUGAGAUUUUUUGGGACGGUGACAAGGGUCCAGUUUAAAGGCCCUGCAGCUCCUCUUCAGGCCCCACCCCGCCCCCUAUGGUCACCACUGAGCAUGCAGCAGAAAGGCUGACAGACAAAAUACUAUAUAUACAAUACGGAUAUAUAUAUAUAGCAAUUUUAAUGGACUUCUAAUGGACUUCUUUUGUUGUUAUCGUUUUUAAUUUAUUGUACUGGUUCAUUCUGGUAAUGAGAAAUAAUAUAAUGUUUUGUGGAUUUAUUUCCUUUUUUUUCCUUUUGUUGAAUUAUUAUUAUUAUUAUUAUUAUUAUUAUUAUUAUUAUUAUUUGCUGUAUGGUAUUUAUGAACACACCCUCAUACAAAUACACACAUUCAACAAAUUCAAGAAAGCAAUAUGUUUUGUUCCUUCUUUGGGGAGAGUGAUGUAUGAUCUUUGAAAUGCACUUUUCUGGUUUCCGAUGAAUAAUUUGAUUUUCAUUGACACUCAAGCAACAAGAUACUCAGAAAGCCGAGUGUUCGACAGUGCACAAUCAUAUUUUGCCGGAGCAUGGUACAGACGUCCUUGCGGUGAGAUCUGAUCUGUAAGAGCGGGUGUUUCUGCAAUUUGGCUCGUCUGCAGAGGGGAUUCAUCCAUUUGUCACGAUAGAGGGCUCAGGCGUUGAUUAAAAACACCUUUUUUUUGAUCGUGCAGAGAACGACAGAGCAGCCAAACACACAACGAUCGCUCUUACACAGCCAAUCCUCUUCUGCCACUUCCAGGAAGUCUGGCAUUACAACAACUAUAUGCAAACAGACACAUGCUCUUUCACAGGUAUAUACGAUUUAAACACUUGCACCUCUCCCAGCAAGCACCAGUUCAUCAGUCAUCAUCACAGUGCGUCCCACCAAAGCUGAAACCAACACACACACAUACAUUAUGCACUUAUAUUCACACAUAUAAAGCAUAGGCCCUACACACACACGCCCUUUUUUCAUUCUCAGGGGAUCUUUCAGUGAGCCAAGCCCGACACAGGGCACAUAGCUGCUGGUACAUCAGCACAAUGCAUGUCCGUAAAGCUCCCUCGCUUUCUCUUUCUUUUUCUUUUUUAUUCUUAUUUCCUAUUUUCCAAAGCUUUGAUUAAAAAAAAACGACAACAGCAUAACAAAUAGAAAGGGGGGGGGGGGGGAAGAGGAUGUUCGCAUCCUGAGGGGGAAGAAAUGAAAACUUUUGCGCUUCUGGUGAGAGUUGGUUAUUUAUUUAUAAUGUAAAAUGUGUUUAGUUUUUCCUUUGACCCCAUUCUCUCUAGCGAUCUUUGACCUUUGACCUUGUGCUGCUGCAGCUACAGUAAGUUCGGAUAGAUUCCUGUGUUCCCAUGAGGCUCGAGCAGCCUCUCCGCUCCUCUCCCCUCAUCCCUAUAUUUUUAAGAAAUGUUGUUAGAAUUAUUUAUGACAUGUAACAAAGAUGAUGCAGGCUGUCCCAUUUGCUAAAAUUGCUGUUAUUGAAUUAUUAUUAUUAUUAUUAUUAUUAUUAAGUGUAAAUAGCAACGCAUCUAAGAACACUGAUGAAUUUAGAUGAGUUUUUAAAAGAAAAUCCUGAUACCUUAGGCUGCUUGACGCAAAAAUACCUCAGGUUCUAUUGAAAGGCUUUUCCUUCCCCUGUACAUGUUUUGUGAAAAUGAGACAAAAAUACAGACAUGACAAAAUACAAA